UCGAUGAUUAAUAUUUGGUAAUGGCUUCCUUGAUAGCCAAGCCGAUAAUAUUCGGCUCACUUUUGGCUACGAAGGUCACAUUGCGUGUACCUUUAAGUUAUUUUGACAGUGAUGGCUAUCAUAGCUGUCAAAGUGACACAUCGCAGUCGCCUACUGAUGUAGGCGAUGUUCAUGAUGGCGCUUCAAUAUAUGAACACCGCCCUUCAAAUCGCAAAGUCCCUGUAAAGUCAGGGCACGACCAUUAUACAGACAGUGAUAAAGAUGCCAUGAGCAUCGAUGAUACAUCACAGGAGCAUUGCAAUAUCAACAUCCUAGUUAACUGUGGUUGGAGUUUAGAUUUCGAGCCUGAGAGCAUUGAUCUCUUGAAGCAAUGUUGUAGUGAUGUUGACGUUAUAAUUUUGACUGAUGGAGAUUUUGGCCAUGUCGGUGCUUUACCUGUUAUUUAUUCAUGGCUCCACGUGGUGCGCGAUGGUCUUGGCUUACCAUCUAUACUCUGUACUGAGGGAUGCUACAAGUUUGCUCGAGCAUGUUUAGUUGAUGUUCUGGACAACGCCACGCUUUCUUACAAGUUUGAGGGUUACAAUUUCUCAGAUUUGGAUUUAUUUUACAGUGGUUGUGUCACGUUACGUUAUAGGGAGAGUUUUCCAUUUGUUAAGUCUGGUGAAGGUUGGCGCAUUCAUAUAUCACUGUUACCAUUGAACAAUGGCGUAUCCAUUGGUGGUGCUGUAUGGCGUUUGGAAUUAGGCACUCGUACUAUAGUAUGUGCGCCUACAUAUCGUGUUGAAUCCGUAUGGUUCCUUAACGGUUGUGAGUUUGACGGUAUACGGAACGCUGAUGUUGUUGUUACUUACGAUCAACCUCGACUACCACCAGAACCUGUCAAUCCAUACGUUACAGAAUGCAAUAGCAUGUCUUCUAUACUAUCUGUUAUUGGCGGUACAUUACGAUCGCACGGUUCUGUUUUAAUCCCAUUGGAUGUUGGUUCCCAAUUGAUUGACCUUUUAUUUCACCUCAAUGCUGUGUGGUCGAAUAGUGAUCUUCAACAGUAUCCUAUUGUCUUGGUAUCUCCUAUUGCUGUCAAGUUAAUCCUACUAUUUGGCACAUGUUUGGAAUACAUGCGUACAACUAUUUGUCACAAUUUCUUACGUACUCUUUGGAAUCCCAUAUCUAGCAUGAAGUUUAUUCAUGCGGUAUCUCGUCUGGAUGAACUCCGUCGAUUUGCCAAUAGACCUUGUGUAUUUAUAUCUACUUGCAGCAGUUUGGAUUUUGGUCUAUCGAGUUACCUCUUUGCUGCAUUAUCUUGUUACAAGAAGAACAGUAUUAUAUUUACUAAUCUCUCUUCUGGUAUAUCCAGUGUUUUGGGUCGUUACCAUGACUUUAUUCGUGCUGGAGAUAUCGAUGAGUUACAUUACGACUUUGAAUUUAAACUUAACCUCGAACCCACUGAGGGGGACGCUGAAGAGACUGAUACUGUGGAUAAUACUGAUACCCAAGAGCAGGUGACUACCGCGGGUCACACAGACGUCAUUAUGGACACUUUUGACGGGGAGUUGGCUACCGACUUUUUGUUUAAAGGCCAUCGCAAUUUUAUUGUCCAGGGUGGUGUAGCUACUUACACCACACCGACUGUAGUUCGUGAUGACUUGGAGAAGCAUGAAAAGGAUUUGGACGUUGAUUUGGACUACGGGAUACCUUAUACUAACUUAUCGCGUGCUGACCUUGAUCAGCAUAUUAUGGACCCUGGAUUUCCACCGGUUUUAGAUGAUCCUUUAUUUGGUGAUACCGAGGCUCGUCAACCGGAACCGGUAGAGAAUCCUUUCAACACAUACUACACGCAUCACCUUGAGAACAUUAGUGUCGGCAAUUUGUUUGGGACUGUCGAGAUCCCUGCUAUGGAUGACGGAUCGAGGCCCACUGCUGUUUGCAAGCGUUUAGAUUUGGUGAUUCGCAGUGGUUUAUAUCUAACUCAUUACUUUAGUCAACAUCGUCCAAGUUGUGAAGCCGUCAGUUUGUUUAAGGAGUGCGUACCCCGUACUAUUGCGAUGCUACCUGGCCUUGGUGAUUCCAAUACCUUAUCAGUUACAACACAGUUAAUUCGUGAAACAGUUCCGGGAUGUGUUAUCUAUGGGCUGGCCUCAUUGGAGUCUGGCAUGGCGGAAAAACAGGAUACCUCUAGUGUUUGCAUUCCGUUAGACCUUCGUGAAUCGUUUUUAUCUCGUUCACUUAAAUUAUUCACGGAAACGCAUGGUAAAUGGCAGCUUCAUCAGGGCGAUGCAGGUUCAUUGGCUGUGGACCAAUCAGCUGGAUCCACAAUGAAUCGUGUUAUGUCUGUUAUGCGUUCCGUUUCUGUUUGGAAGCGUUUAUACAACCCGGUAUCUACAUUCCAGGCUAUUGUUCGGUUAGUUGCUGAACCCUUAGAUAACUCUGGUACUGGUAACCAGGAGAUAAGGAGUACUACCUUUUGGACUGAGCGUGCUUCAGGUACACCGGGUAUAUCGCUGUUAAUACCUGGAGAUGACGUUAGUGACAUGGAUGAUGAUCCUGGAGCUGAUGAAGUUACUGUGAAAACAACAUCUCUGCGUGACACAGAGUUAUUACACUCUAGUGACCGCAGUUUGUACGUUGGUACCGUAUCCAUGCCUACAUUACUGGGUUACGUUGAACAGUGCUUACCGGACAACUGUGGCAUCGAGGGCGGUGUUUUGAGUGUGACUGACCGUUGUUUGGUAUCUCGUGAUACAGUUCGUCACGGUAUGCAUCGUUGGAGUGUGCGCGGUACUUUGGAUCCUUCCUUUUACUUUUCUCGGAAGAUGCUCCGCUGUUUACACAAUCGUUUAGAGCCUUUGUACUGAUAUGCUUUAAUUGUGUUAGU